GGGGAGACCCGCUGGAUGAUGUGGGCUGGGUUCGCGAGGAGCUGCACCGGUGGGUGUACGACAACGUGCGAUCCAAGUGGACGUUCGUACUGCGCAAACCCUCGCGGCUGCCCGAGCUCUUCUCCGGCUACCAUGCGAGCAGGGCGCUGGUGGCGGAGGUGCUGGCGAGGGUUGGCGUGUCGGUUGGUUCGUUGGUGGUUGAGGGCGCCUCUCUGGCCCACUGGACGGAGGCGCACCUGCACCGCCUAGUGGCGCACUUCCUGCAGGCCCGCUUCCCCAUCCUGCUCGCCCUUAACAAAGCCGACAUGGCCUCAUCGCCGGACCACAUCAUCAGGGUACGACAGGCCCUGCCGUACGAUCCCGCCGUACCCGUCAGUGCAGCUACGGAGCGCUGGCUGUGCAACCAGCGCCGUACUGGCAGGGUGUCGUACAACGAUGCAUCCGCUGACGUCACCGCCGUAGUUUCUGACUCUCCCGAGCUAGCUGAGCAGCUGAGCAGGGUGCGCACCGCAGUGCUGGGCAGGUACGGCAGUACGGGGGCGGCACUCGCGCUAACGUGCGCUGUCGCCAUGCGCCCGCCGCGCCCCGUGUUCCCAGUGACCGACCUGGAGACGUGCACAGCACUGCCGGCACGGGGCAUAUCCAGCGGAGCAGGCGGCUUGCUGGGCUCGGGCCUCGACGCCAAGGCUCGGGCGGCCGAGGGGGCCAACCCAAGCGUGCUGCGCGACUGCAUCUUGCUCAAACCCGGUAGCCACAUCGUGGAUCUGUUUGAGGUCCUCAAGCGGCCGCCGUACCAACUGCUCGAGGGCGACUUUGUACGAGCCGAGUGCAGUGCUCUGACGGCGCCGGAGGCAGCUGCGGCGUCUGCAGCCGCUGCGGCGGUUGCGGCGGUUAGCUUGGGCGGCGGCGAGGGUGGCGCCGCUGUCGGCUCGGCUGAGGGAGGCAGUCAAACUUCUUCCCACCAGCAGCAUCAGCAGCAUCACCAGGUCUGGCGUGUGUUGAAGAAGGAGGAGGUGCUGGAUUGGGGCAGCUGUGUGACCAAGAUCAUGACCAACAGGCGGAGUCAUUGGCAGCAUGGGGGCAAGCGGUAGAGGCGUGGAAGUAAGAGCAGGGACGAGGCCAGAUGGGCGGGACGGGUCACAUGGGGCCGAUGGGGGUACGGGUAGAAGCGUACAGUCUUGGAGAUGGAGAGAAUGGGUGCUGACGUCAUGCGUGCGUGCAUGGGUCUGUCGGUUAUUGGCGGUGUCGCUGGUGGCUUGGAGGUGUCUUGUGCGCAGUGCUGUCCUGGUAGGUAGGCAGUUAAGCUCCGGGGGAGGUUCAUGGUGGCGGUUCACAGUUCAUGGUAAGGUCGGUGAGGUCCCCGUGCGGUCACAGUCCUCCUUGACAGCUGGCGAGAGAUGCGUUUGGAGGGAGCGGUUGGAAGGAGUGUUUGGAGGGAGCGUUGCAAGGGAUGAAGGGGGAGCAAAAGCUUGUGCGGACGUGUUCGCUACUGCCUUAGCUUGCUUGGGAGUACAACGGAGGGUACAAGGGCACAUGAGGCAGAAGUGUGUACAUAGUGUUACAAGCAGUGUCCGAGACCAAUUCGCAGUCUUACCGCCUGGUAACAUGAGUAAGCAAGUCGACAUGA